AUGGAGACAUCAAGUGAAGGAGAUACUCAUGAUGCAAGUGAUUCAAAAUCACCUAUUGAUCUUAAUCUUCCAUUGCCAGUACGAAUGAAUGGUGGGGAUUGUCAGCAUCUUUCGAUACGUAACCCCUCAAAGCAACUUCCUACCGAAGAAGUUUCAGAACAUACGUGGUGUUGGUAUGCUGAUUACACUCAUAAGAUUGGAGUUGAUGGAAGUGUAGGAGACAAAAUUGGACUACCUUCUCUUAGAUUGAGAAAGGAAACAGAUCAAACAUCAAAAGGAGGUGAUGCAAAUUUAAGAAAACAUAGUAGGUGGGAUUUGCAGGAAGAUAUCACAAAUGUUGCAAAGUGUCGUAAAACUCAAAAAGUGCGGUUGAUGACCGAAUUGUUGAGUGGAAAAUUCAAUUUGGGGAGAAGCUCUAUGAAUGCUAAACUAAUUUCAGCGAAUAGUAUGUCCAUGGAGCUAAAUAGAGUUGCACCACCUAUGGAUAAGGGUAUGAGGAUGGCGGUUUGUCAGUCAGAAAAUGAGUUAUAUCAAGAGAAGUUACGUCAAACUCUAAAAAGCUUCACAAAUGCUCAAAAACAUGCUAAAAAUGACCCAACUCAAAGAAAGAACAUUCCAUAUUGGCCGACUAUACUGAAGGACAAUAAAAGUUGUGAGCCUCUCAAGGUGAAUGGGGUUGGAUCAAGUGAAUCUUUACAGAAAGAAGUAAUUUCGUCUGGAAGACAAUCAAAUUUGGUUCAAUUAGAUCAAUCCAGGAGAAAUAGUUUCAUCAACCUCAACCCAAUCAUUGACCUGAGUCAUAGCUCAAUACUACAAAGAAAUCAAAGAUCUUCAAAGGUCACAGAAAAAAGAGCAUCAACUUAUAUGCCACCAACAAGUAAUAUGAGGAUGUUUAGAAAUUGGAAGGAAGUAAAUUAUCCCCAAACCCAAAAUGGAGUAUUUCCAUGGAGAAAUUCAGGAUCAACCAAUUUUAAUCCAUCUUAUGCGAAUGAUGGAUUGCUCAGAAGUAAUACUGCAACAACACAAGUUAAGGAUCAAACAACUAAACUUCCAAAUUCUGUGCAAGUUUCUUCUCCUGUCUCCAUCAAAUGGGGGUUGCACAAUAUUGAAAUAUCAAGUCCAAUAAAAUUUUCUAUUGCGCAAAACACAGCUUUUCAACCUUACAAACUACAUGAAAAUCAUAAAUUUGGAAAAGUUGUUAUUAGCUCAGUUCAAAAAGGAAAGACGGUAAGUGACCUUAAAAGUACGAAUUCAAUGAGAGCUGAGGACAAGAGCAUCAAAGGUAUGAGGUCUUUGAAUCCUUUUUCCAAUGAGGGCAUGUUAGCAAUACAAUUGUCUAGAUAUCAAGAAAGACAUUUGACCCCUUACAACAUCCACCCACCGUUUCUCUUGCAUGAAAAUCCAUGUAUCUACAAUGGAUCAUUCUUGCCUCAUCAACAAUUGAAGGAGUCCUCUGGUAUUUAUAUGAGUGAUUUUCCUGAAAUUCAAAGCUCCCGACAACAUGUUUCUUGCUUUAAGGAUCAAAGUGUAUCUCUUGGACUCCAACAGAAGAAAAGAAAGGCCCAUGCACUUGAAAAACUUGGAAGAAGAAAAUUGCAGCAGUCUACAUCUUCAAGUGGCAUUCUACACAGUGCUAGAAAUUCUGGUUCAAAAAUUGAUAUGAUGCAAGAUGAUAAUAUUUCCAAAACAUUAGACAUGAGGAGCUAUUAUACCCCUACAACUAUAUUGCCUGUCAUUAGAAUUUCUAAAGAGAAUCCUCCUUGUCUUUUUAAUCAAAAUCCUGUUGAUAUUGCGAAUGCUGAUGAUGAAAGGUACUUCAGAACUAUUGAGGAUCAAAGAAUUCGGGACAAGAGUUCUUUGCGGGAAAACUGGAGUUGA